UCCAUCGUCGCCGGGAGAGAAGACACCGCGCGCGCGCGCUUCAUCCUAUCGCACCCUCUUCCAAAUUCGUGGAGGAUCGAUGGCCGCCAUGAAGAAGAUCGUGGUGAAGCUGGAACUGCACUGCGACGGGAAGAAGCAGAAGGCGAUCAAGACCGUCUCCACUCUCUGUGGUAUCGACCAGAUCGUCAUGGACAUGAAGGACGGCCAGAUGACGGUCGUGGGGACGGUCGACCCCGUCGACGUCGUCCACAAGCUGCGCAAGCGCUUCUGCUCGGUGCGGAUGGUCUCCGUCGGCCCGGCCAAGGAGGAGGGGAAGAAGAACAAUGAGGGCGGCGGGGACAAGAAGGUCGACAACACGAAGGGCGCGUGCACGCCCAUCCCAGUGUGCCAGCCGUGCUACCCGGCGCACUGGUACCCGCCGCCUCACCACCCGCAGCCGUGCUACUGCUACGUCGUCCACACCGAGGAGCACCCCCACGCGUGCGUCAUCUGCUGAUCGACGCACAUUUUUGUAGCCGGCCUGCAUCUGCAUACUAGCUGCCGAUUGAUCGAUCCGGGCUCAUCAGCCUACCUGCACCGGUGGUCGACGGCGUGCGUUCUAUGUAUCUAUGACCGUGUGAGCUACAUAUUUUACAGGUGUCCGGCGGCUGCGCAUCUGCUGAGCUUUGCCAGGUACCGAAUUACAGUGUGGAGAAGAACUAAAUAAAUAAAACUGCUGCCUUUGGA